AUGUCUCCAGACUCUGCUCAACCAACCAGCCACCAGUGCCACCACCCUCCGCCUCCGCCAUUGUUUGGGCUCUGCUGCUAAGUCGAAACAUGUUUCAAAAGAUUAAAGGCGCUUAAUGGCCAAGCCUAUCGCUUGUGCCAACAAAUCUUUCUGUGAGACUCCACCCGCAAAAUAUCCCCUGUAGGCCUACUGCUGUACCCAUCAUCCUACAGUCACAAAGAUAUUGGAUGUGGAGUGAGUCAUUGUUAUUAACACUGCCUUAUUUGGAUCCAUCACAUUCAUCAGCGAAGGUGUUUCUGGAUUUGGAAAGCCUAAACUCAAUAUUCAGAAUUUUAUUCUGGGGUGACAACAAUAGCUUACACCUUGGGAAGCUGUUCAUCGUCCGAGCGAUCCCUCUGCCCAAAUGGAAUAUCUCAGUCACGCAGUCACCGUUUUGCGGAUUAAUUUCAUCAAUCCUCGAUCACUGGCACAGUUUGAUCUUUUUGACCACAAAAAAGUACGGGAAUUCAGAAACACCGAACAAACACACAAGAUUUGGCCAAUGUAAGUCAAGAUGAAUCCGAUGUUCAAAGCCGGGUUUGGAUCAACUGUGAUUCGCACUAAAAAAAGGAAGACAUCUAUCAACAUGGCGUUCGAACUACAUUUACCGUUCGAACUACAUUUACUAGAAGCUGACCCCAGACUUGCACUGCCUCACAAACUAAUAGUUGGUAUGCUGGACACCAUUUUCUCCAAGCUUGUUGCUAAACAUUUAUCAUUAGAUAAAUGAUUCAAAGAAGUCCGGCAUUUUCUACGAUUCAGUCUUGAAGACCAUUGAAAGAUGAGAAUUUUAGAUUUUAGCAGGUCACGUGCGGUCACUGCCUUUCAUAAAAUUUACCGAACAUUCAAGAAUAGUUAGAAGCAACAAAUUGGUUAAAAUGUGUGAAAUCUGUUGCACAGUUUGUUGAUGGUUGAUGGAUCAUGAAGUUUGAAGUUAACUGCCUCAUAUGGUACUAGCAGUGCAAGACUGCCACAGAAGAAAGCUUGUGUCUUUAUCGUUAUUCUUCUCAACCAACAACUUUAGAAGACAUGAUCAAAUGAGCUCAGUAAUCUUGCAAGUCUUGUGAAAAAUGACAUAGGCUCUCCUCCCUGCUAGGUAGAUCCAGCAGAAAUAAACAGAUCCACCAGAUCUUUUUUGCAAAUGUGUAGCUGGGGAAAAAUACCACUCUUCAUCCCCACCAUGGAAAACUAUUUCCGGCACCAAACUUAACCAGCACUAUUAGAGCUUCAAGAUGAUUUUAGGGAUCCUUGUGAUCAGCUGCACCAGUAAUGUUUGGGCGAAUUCGGAAUGCAACCCAGCGGAGUGCCGGCAUUUGCGGGAGCGCCUCGAAAAAUUAGAGACGGUCGUACGAGGUUUAAUUUCCAUCGUCGCAAACAAGAAAACAGAGGAAGAAUUGACUGAAAUUCUAGCGCUGUCUGCUUCGCUUGAUUCUUUCAAGAACUCGACUGUCCGACUCGUUGAAGUCGAUCAGAAACAAAACCAAAAUGCCAUACUCCAUUUGAGAGGAGCAGUCAGAUGUUCUUUGGCCAACCAACUAGACAUCAAUCGAUCGGAAAAUGAUGGAAUAAAUCCGUCUGGGAAAAUCGAAGCUACUUUAGGCGAGAACAACUUGCUCCAAAUCGCGUGGACUCCACUUUCAGUUGAUUGCAUCAAAUUCAGUUCUGGCGUUUGGAUUCGGGUAUACGAUUCGAGCCAGAAGCAGCCGUCCACCGGCGAAAAUUACUUGGCCAUUCCCCAGAAAUGUUUGAAAAAACGGGCAAACGCCACAUUCUCCAUCGUCCUUUCCUCGUCUGCGUCGAAAUUCAGCGGGAAAACUUGCCAUUUCGAACUGAAUGAUGUUCUCAUUCAGUGUCGGGUUUACACAAUCGAAGUUGUGCCAAAUUAUCAAUCGCUCAAAGGCAAAGCAUUAUUUACCGAAAUCGUUAUCCCACCUGCAAACGAUAACUCGUCAAAAAGCUUGGAAUCGUUAAUAAGUGUUGGAUCCAAUUCCAGUUUAUUUACUCUAAAAUGGAAAGAUAAUUCUGGGUGUACACCUCAGCUGACUUCGCUCUAUUUAAAGAUAUUUCCAGACGGUAUGGAAAACGCUGGUAAUGCGACCAUGUCGCUACAGAUUCCACGAAAUUGUCUCAAACAACCGACAGAGGAAACCAACGUAUUCUCGCUGUCACUUCCAGAAAAUCAAACUUAUUGUCCUGUUGAAUGGGUGCCGUUGGACCCAUGUCGAAGAUACAAAAUUGAAAUAAAAUCAGAGUAUUCCAACACCUGGACCAGAGCACCGUCUGUAUGGGAGACUUUCACGGAAGAGCCUGUAUUCACCCAAAUGAAUCCGACACACAAUCCAUAUGAUUGCCAAAUUGAUGCAUUUAAAUGCGACGGCUCAUGCCGAUCAUUCGGUUGGAUUUGCGAUGGAACUCGUGACUGUAAUUCGGUGGAUGAUGAAUUGAAUUGUCACAGUGAUGAAAAUUGUGAAUUCCGAUGUGGCCGGCAGUGCAUCCCUUCUUCCUAUGUAUGCGAUAGAUUUAUCGAUUGUGUUGACGGUUCCGACGAAAAUGACUGUGAUUAUCUCAGAAAUCAGCAAGAAAGUUGUAACCAGCUGACCAACUAUACAGGACAUUUAAAUUCGGAAAUGAUAAUGUGCAAUCGUAAUGUCCAGCUUGUCUCGAAAAAAGUGGUGUUGGUAUCUGUGCCAACCAAUCACACAAUUUGGCUCAGUUUUAAUAGCUAUAGAAACGAAAGAAACCAGACUUUAAAGAUCUAUGACGGACCUUACUGGGCGAGUCCUCUACUAUUGUCUCAUAACGAAUCAACAAAACCUUUGUCUAUGCGGUCAUCUUCUAAUAAUUUGUACAUAGAGUUUCCAGAAAUGUAUUGCCCAGCAAUGUUUGUGAUUGAUAUCGAUUAUACGAGCAUGGAUAUGGUGCCCAUGAAGCUGGAGCCGUUCUUUCCAGGAUGCGGAGGCUACGUCUACGAGAAAGGUGUCGUUUUCUCGCCAAAUAAUCUUUCGGUUAACGACAGCAUAACCGAAUGUAUCUGGUUUGUGGAAGCUGAACAAGGUGAAACGGGAAUUAUUUUAAAAAGAAAUCGCAUUGCAAACGUCACUGCUGGUAACGAUGAUCAAGAUCAACCCAUCAUGACGGUAUACGACGGUUGGAACUCGACAGGGCAAGUGCUGUACGACGUUUCAUCUAACCCACAGACAAGUGAAAUCCUGUAUUCCAUCAGUCGUAAAAUGAUAAUCAGGUUUCCACAGCCGACGGAAGUGUCCAACAGCACAGCCCGCUGGAGUGUUGCUACUAUGAAGGUGCGCAAGGAGAUAAUUGUGGGAUCGUCAGGAACAAUUGAAAGUCCCAACUAUCCAGCGGCUUAUCCGAAUUCGUACGAUUACCGCUGGAAUAUCGUCACUUCACCGGGCACGAAAAUUCGACUUUUAUUUGCCUUCUUUAAAACCCAAGAGAAAUUCGACUUUGUCACAGUGUACGACGGGUCUGCAGUAAAUUCCCAGCUGCUUCUGGAGAAAUCCGGAUUGGCCAAAACACCUUUCACCAUCAUCUCCUCAUCGAAUGAAUUACUCGUCAGAUUUACAUCGGACGACGAUGACACAACUUUUCCGGGGUUUCUGGCUUUGUUCUCGACCGUUUAAAUCGGUUUAAAUGGUUUGUUUUUAUUUUUUAAUAUGGGGGUUGGAGGCUCAAUGUUAAUGGGGUCAUUUAUAUGUUAUUUUUAGCGCUUGAUAUUCAUCUUGAUAUCGGUUCGUACCUGAGAGUUUUUUGCAUUAUUUCCCCGCUUGAAAGAAUUAAAUUCCGUGUGAUGAUUAA